GAGCACAUAUUCAUGAUCAGCAAAAGGCACAAUGGAACGCUACAAGUCUAGUAAGUUUGGGAGCGAGGCUUCACUUGCAACACUCCUAUCAGAAGAAAUAGAAAAUUCAGACACUCCGAGCAGCAGCAACUCUAAUAGCACGUUAACUGAGUUCUCGACCCAGAGCUCGGCCCUCGAGUUAAAGGAAAAGCCUGAAGCCAGAACGAAGUCCAGGACCAGAAAAAAGUGUGACGGUAAGAAGUGCAAGGACGGGAAGGUUGCCGAGGAGAAGCAGAACCUUAAGUCUGAGAAAAAUCAAAAGUUCGAAGACAGGAAAACUGAGAAAAAGCGGAACACCCAAACUAAGAAGCCGGAUAUCUGGAAACCCAAGUUCAAAAGGCCUAUUUACUUUAAGCGCGUGUUCCUGAAACCUGGCAAGCGAGAGAGUAAAAGAAUAAGGAAGGCCAGGAAAGCCAAUAAGAAGCCGAAAAUCGAAUUUCCUGGCCAAAAGCCCAAUGAGCAGCCGAAGAGGAGCCAAUGGUGGUACGAUGAGACUACAAAGCAGGAGAUGGCUGAGCUUAGAUGGAAGAUGUUUACAGACGAGGAGUACGCAGAUUGGAAAACUUUUAGAAAGCGCAACUUUAAAGUACCGCUCCGUUCAGUGUUUUCCUACUUAGAUGUUAAGCCCUGCCCCGUGACAAUAAGCACUAAUCAGACAAAGAUGCCCGUUCUGCGGGUGCUGUCCACAAUGAUUGAGGGCAACUAUGGCGCUUUCGCGCACAUUCAAAUCGGAGAUAAGACUUUUCGUUGCAUCCCCAAUCUGCUGAAGUGCUACUCAGUGUGGUUUGCGAACCGCGACUGGCGGAUAAACCACUUUAGGUUCCCCGAGCGGGAGGUUCCUGCCCGCGGCUUCGAGGUACUCUACCGUUGGAUGCGCACCGAGCAGUUGCCGGAUUUUAAUACAUCCGUGUCCACACUGCAAGUCUCGCGCCACCUGCAGGUCCACAUGCUGGAGAAGGUGUGCUGGGAGAUUCUGUCCGACAGUUCGGUGCGUGAGAAGGUAGCCUUUCAGGUCUACCUGGAGGCCAAGCGGCUGCCGGCGCUCCAACUGGUGUGCGAGGUAAUGCUCAACCGACUGCGGUACAGCUUUCUGGCGCUGGUGGGCAGCAGUGAGUUCCUGGACCUACCCGUGGAAGUGAUGGAGCUGAUACUGCGGCGGGACUCCAUCGGGGUUAACUCGGAAAUGGAGGUGUUCUUUGCAGCGCUGCGCUGGCUGGGUCACAAAAACGUAUCAAAGCGACUGAAAUACUUGCGCCGUCUGAUGGCCUGCGUCCGCUUCCACCACCUGCCCAUGACCUUCCUCUUUAGCCUACGCGAGUCCAUUACUCGACCGGACAAAGAAGAGCUUUUUCGCCCAGAUCCAGUGCUGAAGGCCUUCCACGCGGACCCAGAGACGAUGACCAAGCUGGAGCACGCCAUGUCCUUCAUCGGCGUGCGUUGCCAGUAUGACGACACUGAAGAGUUCCUUUCCGUCUGCGAGGCCCACGGCAUCAGCGUGGUUUUCCCGCGCCACUGGGUCUACCACGCCAAGUGUCCGUACCACAAGAAGAACCUCACCUUUCCCUACCAGCACCGCUUCACAGCCACGGACUUCGACAACUACAUAGACAGCAUCCAAAAGAUCUGGGCCGGCAAGGGGCCGGCAGACCAUGGUCAGUCCCUAAUCACUGAGAUUGAUUACGACCCACUCCUUCGCAAGAAGAUGGAGUGGGGGCCAAAGAAUUAAUACCCUGUUCAAAUAUUGAACACCUUAUCCUUCUGUUAGCGAGAUAUUUCUUUUUCAUAUUUUUACCCUGGCGUAUAACCAUAUAUAUUCGGUCAAUAAAUUUAAAUCAACGCGGUA